CUUUCCCCGACCGAGACUCAUCAAUAGUCCAAAGGUCGAGGUAUAUGAUGAGCACAUGAUCCAGACCACCGGCGGAGUAGGAAGGAGCCUGUUCCAGGCCAAGUAAGAAGGCGAAAGGCCCAAAGGAACAAGAUGUUUACCUCCAAAGCAGUCGUUCUUUUUAUGACUUUCCUGUUUGAAGUGACCACAUCUGUUUCAGGUAAUCUUUCGUUUAUGCAUUCUUUACAUGGGAGCCGAGUGAAAGUUGUUCUAUGUAGUUCAAUGCGCCAGAGUUAUUUGAUGCGUUGCUAGACACAUUCCAUGUAUGCAAUUUGUUUUUCGGCUAGGUAAAAAAUAUCUUGAGAAGAUUUGCAUUUUUUUUUCUAUCAACUCCAGAGUCUAUUUCGUUGUCGAUUUCUUAAUUUCUCUCGACCUAUAAACGACAUAAGCUCAAGUUUAAUAGCUAGAGUUUUGGCUUUUUGAGUUCAUUUCUCCAGUUGUUACACUGUCAAAACGCAGACUUUGUUAUGAUCUUGCUCAGUGUUGAGUUUUCACCAUUUAACCUUUUAUGUUUUAACCGCUUUCUUAAAACAUUUGGUGAAUGUUAAGGGAAAGCCUACCUUAAUUUUGUCUACUCAGUAGAUCGCCGUGUUUUACGAAUUGCAGAGCAUAGUUUCUUGAGAACAUCUACCUAUGGGCUAUUUAGAGUUUUCUAUUUAUAGAUGAUGAUAGGCUUCCAGUCUGAGACGGCUGUGUUUUAGCCUGUUCCAGGCUCCGAGAUGGUGGUGGAAAGUCGUUUAGUAAUAAGAAAUGCGAAAAACGCGUGAGGGCUGGCGUCUUAUUUUCGCUUUGCUCGUUUUAAUACGUUCCCACUGUACUAUCUGAGAGCCUGGCACAGGCUAGCUGUGUUUAGGAUGCUUGUACUGUGUAAGAUUCAAAAACUAGAGGUUACAAAUUGUAAAUGAAGUGCUGCAAGCAGAUACUUGGGAUAUUACUAAGUCAUGUUGUAAUAAUCCGUCAUAGAAACAACAAGAAAGAAUUCAAUUCUUAUGUCAGGGCUGUAAUUUCGAUCAUUAUAAUGUCUCAAUAAGCAGGUUACACUUUUGCCUAAAAUAGAGACGCAUUAAUAAUGAUGAAUUUUUGUAAUUGGCUAUUUGUAGUCUUGCUUUUUCUUUUCGCCACUUUCAAGCUGUUUUUAAGGCACUCUUUUAACACUUUUGUCUUUGCGAAAGAACAAGAUAGAAAACGGCCCUUUACGAGCUGAAUAUGUGACUCGAAAACUGAAAUGAAAGUUUGCCAUCCGUGAUUCGUGAUUUGUAACUAUUUUCGUCCGUGAACCGUGCCAGAAACCCCCCCCCCCCCACCCCUGUAUGACCCUCUUUGAAGUAUCCGUUUAAAGGUUGAUUUCUUUCCGUUUAAUGGAAUAGAUCCUUUUGGGGGGGUUUAAAUGUCAGACAAGGAUAAAGAAGACUAGUCUGCGGAAAACAGGGUUCAUUUUAUAGAUUUAUUGUCACGAAGUGAGAUAAGCGGUAAACCUUCGGGAGCCCAAAGAUGUCACCAAGGACUUAUGAAAAUUGGAGAAGUGUAGAUAACACAGUUCAAUAAUCUAAGUAACACUAUGCGACAGCAACGCCUGAUACAAUAAAAGAAAAUACUGUUAUACCAAACUACAGCCCCAUACAAUCUUUAGCUCCUUGCAUGUUUUUCCGUCUUUGAAGAGGGUCAUACGGGGGUAUUUUCGUGAUACGCGAUUACCUGUUUUUAUUUUUCAUGAAUCGUGCAUUUAAGUGAAUUAUUCUUUGUGUUCCAUGACCAAAUGGUUGUCCGUGCCCCGAGAAAAACUUGAAUUAAUAAUCGAUAUCCGUGAUAUUAUUUCUUAUUUUUUCCUGAUGAUUUUCAGUUUCAAGACUUCCGGAAGAUAAAUAAAGAAAGUGAAAGCAUCAAAUGUAGUCUGCUACCCAGCCGUUUUAAGAGUCGUCACCUUAAUCGCGUGUUGAAAGCGAUUCCAAUGCAUUAUUAAGUCUACACAAAGAAUAUUGCCAUGCUUUUAAUAAUCAAUCCCGGGAACCUUUAUACAAUCAGAUUAUCGUGUAAGCUAUACUGAAAGUAAACUACAUCUCUUCCUUUUUGGGAACACUAUAUACCGGGGAAAACAUAACACGAACGUGGAUGUGCGGACUGACACCUCUUUAUUAAGCAGAGUCAGCUUUGUAACAAUUUUGACAGUUAUUUAUGACGCAGAAAUACCAAACUGAUACAGCCCCAAACAAUCUUUAGCUUCCUGCGAAUAUAAAGACGGUCGGGGUUUGUCCCUUUGGUUGUAAAAGAACUUUUAAAAAUCUUUUUUGUUUGUUUUGGCCCUACCGACACUCAUCAAUAUAGUCUAUAGGUCGAAGUGUAUGAUGAGCACAUGAUCUAGACCACCGGCGGAGUAGGAAGUAGCCUGUUCCAGGCCCGCGUUCCAGGCAAAGCAGAAAGGCGAAACGUAUAAAGGAAGAAGAUGUUUACCUCCAAAACAGCCGUUCUUUUUAUGAUUUUCCUGUUUGAAGUGACAACAUCUGUUUCAGGUAAUCUUUUGUUUAUGCAUUCUUUAAAUGGGAGCCGAGUGGGAGUUGUUCUGUGUAUAUUUCAAUGCGCCAGAGUUUUGAUGCCUUGCUAGACACAUUCCAUGUAUGCAAUUUGCUAAAUUCGUCUAGAUGUUGUUGUUAUUAAAUAUCUUGUGAAGAUCUGGAUUUUCUUUCUAAGAACUCCAGUCUAUUUCGUUGUCGAUUUCUUAAUUUCCCUCGACCUAUAAACGACAUAAGCUCAAGUUUAAAAGCAAGAGUUUUGGCUUUUUGAGUUCAUUUCUCCAGGCAUUGUUAAAACGCAGACUUUGUUAAUGAUCUUGCUCAGUGUUGAGUUUUCACCAUUUAACCUUUUUGGUUUUGACCGCUUUCUUGAAACAUUUGGUGAAUGUUAAGGGAAAGCCUACCUUAAUUUUGUCUACUCAGUAGAUCGCCGUGUUUUACGAAUUGCAGAGCAUAGCUUCUUGAGAACAUCUACCAAAAGGCUAUUUAGAGUUUUCUAUUUAUAGAUGAUGAUAGACUUCCAAGCUGAGACGUCUGUGUUUAAGAUGCUUGUAUGUAAGAUAUCUUGUAUGUAAGAUAUGGUAUGUAAGUGAAGUGCUGCAAGUAGAUACUCGGGGCAUUACUACGUCAUGUUGUAAUAAUCCGUUAUAGAAGCAACAAGAAAGAAUUUAAUUCUUAUGUCAGGGCUGUAAUUUCGAUCAUUAUAAUGUCAUUAUUGAAAUGUCGAAAUAAGCAGGUUACACGUUUGCACAAAAUAAAGAUGCAUUGAGAGAGGAGCGUAAAGUAACGACCCCUAAAAACGGCUGGGAAGGCCAGACUACCAAUCACCUCUGACUGAAAAACAUAUAGCUUGACAAGAACGUGACUAAUUUCUAAACUCUUUUUCAUUUCGUGGAAAUUCCGGAAAAAUAAUAUUAACUGGGCUAGGCAGGAGGCUGGGCUUAGUUUAUAAAAUGGGUAGAUUUUUUAUUUCCGGAAGGGGGUUGGGGGGGGGUAUUCCUGGGGUUUCGUGGUGGGGUGUGCCGUCUGGUUCUCUGAUAUCUGACCCUUUUUGAGACCAAUACCUCUAAUGCUAAUUAGCCUGUCGUAGCAAGCGUUUCCGUUUAGUUUCGGAGCAAAAAACGACCGAGGAACGGGAUUUUCCGUUUUGCCGCGCGAGAAAUAAAACGAGAGCCAAAAAAUGAUUCUUGUUCCUCGUUCUUUGCUCCUAAACCGCACAGAAACGCUUGCUACGCAGGCUAAAUGAUAAUGUAAGGGAGUAUUUCCCGGGUAUUUUGGUUGUCCAAAAAUGAACUCUAAUCCGGGUAUUUAACCCAGAGGGCGAUGUGUAAUCUGUAAAGCAUGUUUUUCCGUCUUUGAAGAGGGUCCUACAGGGGUUUUUUCGUUAUACGUGAUUACCUGUUUUUAUUUUUCAUGAAUCGUGAAUUCAAUUGAAUUAUUCUUUGUGUUCCGUGACCAAAUGGUUGUCCGUGCACCGAGAAAAACUCGAAUUAACAAUCGAUAUUCGUGAUAUUAUUUCUCAUUUUUCCCUGAUUUUCAGUUUCAAGACUUCCGGAAGAUAAAUAAAGAAAAUGUUGAAAGAAAAUUGAUAAAUAAAGAAAAUUGUUUUGACAGUUGUAAUGUAAUACGUUUAAGUUUUUGUUACAAAAAGGUUGGUUAACGUGAGAAGCCGGUUGUCAUGAUUGUUUUUCGUGCCCUUUGCUUUUGUUGGAUACAACAAAUUGUCUAUUAAUGGCUUCAGUAACGUCGUUUUAACAUUUCGAGGUCUAUUUUUCACGGCUCUUGUGUCUUAAUCGCGUGUUAAAACCGAUUCCAAUGCAUUAUUAAAGUCUACACAAAGAAUAGUGCAGAUCUGAACCGCCAUCCUUUUAAUAAUCAAUCCCAGGAACCUUUGUACAAUCAGAUUAACAUGUAAGCUAUACUGAAAGUAGACUACAUCCCUUCCUUUUUGGGAACACUAUACGGUCAGUAUAAAACAUGGACUUGAGACUGCGGACUGGGUGUAAAACACGGACUAGGUAUAAAACGCGGGCUGGAAAAUACCGACUGGGUAUAAAACACGGACUAGGUACAAAACGACGACUGCGGACUGGGUGGAAAAUACGGACUACGCACUACGUGGGUAAAACGGGUUCUAAUUGGUUCUAAGUAAGGAAAAAUAAGAUCAAAAGAUUGCUAAAUAGAAAGACUUGUGAGUUUAAGUCAUAAAUACACCGCCCGGUUCUCUGAAUCAUGAGCCUGACCAAAGUACUAUUCUCUACACCCAUUUUUAGACCUGGUCUCGGUCUCUAACAACCAUGAAAGUGGUCAGGGGCCCGUUUCUCGAAAGUCCCGGUAACUUUACGGGCCCGAAAUCAAAUAUUCAAAUCGAAAUAUAAAGAAUAAGAGCGCGGUUCCUGGCUAGCAAACUACUCCAUUUUGUUUCAUUAACUGACAGUUUUAUCGUGUCAGAUAAAAAGCUAUUGAAACCUCGAUCUUUAAUGUAAACGGAGACAGCUUACCGGGCCCGUUAAUUAGCGGGACUUUCGAGAAACGGGCCCCAGGACCGGGGGGGCUCCCUUAUAUAAGCCAUAUAGCCCCAAAAGGUAGGGUUUUUGGGCAUUUUUGGUCUGAAAACACUUUGCUCAUUUUGGUCUGGAUUCGAGUAGCCUCCCACGCAGACGUUCUUAGGGGUUCGUCACGCGUUCCUGCCCCACGAACGUCUGCUGACUUGAGCGAAAAAAAACGUAGACCAAUUACAGCAGACUUCCAGAUCUGGGAAGUGCACUUUUGGACCUUGAGAAAUUUCGCGCUUGACUUUGUAGCUCCUGAAAAGAUCAGAAAGGUCUAUGAAAGGUGAGGACCUUACAGUUUUAGAACAAACUACUCAGUUAACUCACAAGCGUUCGUACUAGAGGCUACCCUCACAAUCUCAUUGAAAAAUAUGAUAUGUCCUCAGAGGUUAAAUUUGCUGAAUGGAAGUCGGCUUUACUACAACUGAAACAGUACGUGUGAAAAAAACUCUGCCUUUUGUUCAGUCUUACAGGGUAACCCCACCGUUGCAUCAUCCAAAGAACAACUUUAUGAGCAAACGACAUCUAAUCUAGCCUUUACAGAGAGAAAUAUACAAAAAGCCAACGCUUAUCUCCUAGAUUCUCGUCCGGAGCAAAAAUCUUUCACGUAUCACACUUCUACAGAGCUUGUAUGUAAGUGUUUGGCUUGUCAACAGUUUGACAUCAACAGCGCCGAUUGGAUCUCCGAUAAUCUGCAUGUGAUCUCCAGCUGAUAUUUGCGAACAAUGAGAAAGGAAUUUAUCUUUAGGUUCAGCAGACGUUCGUGGGGCAGGAACGCGUGACGAACGUCUGCGUGGGAGGCUAGGAUUCGAGGGAACUACGAGAGCGUACAUGUAUAAACCAAUUUAUCUUUUCAAUUCCAAAUGAAUAAGAAAGAAAUAGAAAUACGCGAAUUAGAAAUGCAUUUGACGAAUGUUUUUGUUUGCGCUCUAAUCUGGUAAUGAUGACAUAAUUUUUGCCUAAUUAGGCCUAGCCUGUUCCAGGCUCCGAGAUAGUUGGGUCCACUGAAUUGAGAAAGCGCGAACACGAAAAUCAAACGGGAGGAAACUGGGCAGCCUCCCCCACUAUAUGAGAGCCUGGAACAGGCUAAAAUAGACCAGGACUGAAAAUUGCUAUGGAUUUUAGAGAUCGGACUGAAAACGGGUGUGGAAAAUGACAUUUUUUUUCUGAAAUCGGGUCAGGAUUUGGAGAACCGGGCGGCACACCCCUACCAAGAAUUCCCCGGAAAACCCCAGGCCAGGAGCAGGUUGUAAAUCAUGUCAUCAUAAUCAUCGCAUAGAAUAUAACGUUGGAUGAUUCAUUUCGGUUAUUAUUCACGUAUAGGUGAGUAAUCUCUUCCCCUAAAUACUGCUUUUUUACAUCUGUGAAUGUCCCUAUAUUGACCUUCUAGUCUGAGUUCUUCAUUUCCUCGUACUCCCAAGCUAAGGCUUUAUUUGAAACGUAACUGGCUUCUAUAAGAAUUUUACUCUAACUAACACCAAUAUUUUUUUAUUCGGUGCUUCUUAUUGGUUUAAAACUAUAAAUUGAAUUCUCUUCUAAAUCCUUCUUUUUAUAAAAUUCAGAGUUUAAUUUCAGUUGCCUUGAGAAGCGGCAUAACCUUUCUUGCCCGUGGAGUAUGCUUUUCUCACAUGACACUGACGUUGGGGAGAAUAGACUGCGUGACCGGCUAAAGGAAUGUUUGUGUGUGAGGCAAGGAGCUACGACUACUGUUUUAUGCUAGUCCGCUUUCCGUUUCUCUCAGUUUUACCUUUGUAAAGCCGUUUUUAUAUACUAGUCCGUAUUCCGCGUUUUAUACCUAAUCCGUGUUUCAUACUCAGUCCGUAGUCAGAAUUUUACACCAAGUCCGUGUUUUAUACCCAGUCCGCAGUCAGUGGUCCGCGGUCCGCAGUCCAUGUUUUAUACUGACCGUAAUUAAAAUGAUUAAAACAAGCUCAAGAUUUAUAAAAUAUUCACUUGAGAAACUUUUUAAUCUGAUUCUACAAUCUGGAAUAUUUCCUACAUCAUGGAGUAAUGGCCGGAAUAAUCACUGCCUUGCAUAAAUCUGAAAACAAAGAUGACCCUUCAAAUUACAGAGGUAUUUACAUUAGUAGUUGUCUCGGCAAAGUCUUUUGUUCUAUUUUAAAUACCAGAUUAUUAAACUUUUCAAACAAACAUAAAAUACUUCAUCGCUCCCAAAUUGGCUUUUUGCCCGGACAGCGUACGUCUGAGCAUAUCUUUAGUUUAAAAACGUAAAUAGACCAACAUGUUACCCACUCCCCAAAAGGAAAACUUUAUACUUGUUUUGUUGAUUUUAAGAAGGCAUUUGACUCAAUUUGGCAUCAAGGUUUACUAUACAAACUGUUGAAAUAUAACAUAGGUGGCACCUCAUUGAGUAAUUUCCAACAAGUAUUCCCAUUCAACAUGUUGUGUGAAAGACAAUUAUACUUGAUCAGAAUUUUUCAAUUAUGAUAAAGGUGUUCGACAAGGCUGUAUUCUGUCCCCGCUUCUUUUGACCUUUAUCUAAACGAAUUACCCUUCAUUCUAAACAACAAUGCUAAAGAUUUUAUUUUAUGGUUAGCAAGGAACACGUUGAAAUCGUCAAUAAUUAUACCUAUCUUGGAGUGAAAUUUUCUGCCAAUGGAAAUUUUACAAAUCACAAGGAAAACUUCACAGCAAAAACAAAGAGGUCCUUUUUGGCCGCUCGUCGUUAUCUAGAUGUUCUAGAAAUUACCAAUUCACAUCAUCAACAAACUGUUCAAUACACUAUUUUUUUCCAAUUUUAACGUAUUGCUCCGAAGUUUGGGGAAUCUAUGACAAAAGUGAUCAUGGCCGCUGGGAUAAAGACUCCGUUGAGAAAACACAUGCAAACGUACACCAAAUGUUGCAUCGAGAAAUAAACUUGGCAGAUUAUCUCACAAUUUACAAAUAACUAUGAACAUUUUCAAGUUUUGGAUUCGCCUUGAAAAUCAAUCCCCUGACAGCAUCGCUAAACUCUGCUUAAACUUAUCGCAUGGACCAAGAAAAUAAAUCAGGUCUAAUAAAUAAAAUAAAUCUUUUGUGUACACAUCUUGAUACUGAUAAACAAUCAGUUAACUUUAAAAGCCUUCUACGUUCCUAUCCAAAGCUGAAAAUAAUUUUUCAGAACAUCUAAAAAACGACCAACUAAAUUUGAUAAGAACAAAUAAAGAACUAAAAUUCUACUCCAUCUUUAAUAAAAUGAAACAAAUUACUCUGAAUUCAUCAAUCAUAUCCGGAAUCCUAAACAUAGGCGUGUAGCCUCCAAAUUUAGGAUAGGAAAUCAUAAUUUAAAAAUAAAAACUGGAAGAUUUACAAUUCCCAAAACUCCUGAAGAUCUAAGAAUUUGUGAUCACUGCAAUUAAAUUCGGUUGAAAAUGAGAUGCACAUAUUAUUUCACUCAAAAUCAACGACCGAUUAUUAUUUUUUAGCCAUUUAAAUUUAGGCGCGUGUGCGAGGUUUGCUCUGGCGAAUUGUGAUUGGCUAGGAAGAAUAAUUGCCUUCUAUCAAGUAUUUUUUCAGCAGGGUAGGGUGCCUUUGGGCAAAUGAUGUAUCGGUCACCAGAAAGGUCACCUCAGGACUCCCGGGAUGGAUUUUUUUGUACAGUGCCCAGGCUUCAUUUUCUUGACCGUGCGUUGAUCUGGCCCGGCUGCUUCGGCGAGCAUAUUCUCGGUCUGUUUGGAUUAUCUCCUUUGAGUUUGUCAAAGUCUUUGGGAUUCGUUUCUCUAUCUGGGAAAGCUUAAUUGGUUUCUAUAUCUGCUGCUAUCCUAUUUCUACUAUUCUGGCAUGUUUAUUUUCCGUUGGAGUUCGAAUUUCGUGGAAAACGUUGUGUUCAAUGAGAGCAUGUCGGCGAAAAUGGCAUCUCGUGUUUCCUACCUUGUAUAUUAUUAUUGUAGAUAGAGUGAAUUUGAACAAAUUACUGCAAAUUAUUACGAAACUUCGUUGGAGCAAUAAGGACAACAACAAUUAACUGCAGAGUAAGUUUCAUUGAUCUUUAUUUAGUAUUUCCUAGAAAUUUUAGGAUGGUAUUUUUACCCCAUACAAACACUGUAAUUUUGCUGGAACGGUACUGUAGCACUAUCACAGAGCCUGGGUUAGGCCGUAAGGUUUCUGAAGUUCAAGUGAGAGUUUGUUAUAACUGGCAGAGGCUGUUUAGUUUUACUUAAGUUCAAGUUAAGUUUGUGUUGGCGGAUGCUGUGUUGUAAAGCCCUGCAAAGAUUAUGUUCCUUUGGUAUUAAACUUUCUUGUGUUAAUCCGACAUCCUGGCCUGCGUGCUAGUAGUCAGUGAAUAAUUAUCCUCAAAACAUUGGAGCUCGUAACAUUGAGUUUUAGCCAAUUCCAUACUCAACGUAAUUGACUCUUUACCCAUGCCUUACAUUACCUUUCUUUACAACAACAACAACAACAAAUUUUAUUGAAAAUUGGAUAAAUAUAUAGAGUGGAUAUUACACUGUGGCGCCGAAGAUAUUUAUUUUAUUUAGAUUUAUUUUCGAGUUGCAAAACAAUAUUUUACGAAUGAGCGCAGUGAGUAAGUAAAAUAUUGUUUUUGCCACGAGAAAAUAAAAUUCAUAUCUUCAAGCCGCCGUGUAAUGUUCUAUUUAUUAUAUAGACAAAAAGACAUCGAUAAAAUAAUAGAGGGAAAUUACCGAAAUUACGUCAUCGAUAAACUCACAUGUGAGGUUAUGGAAAAUAAACCACUCGGGUCCCGGAUGUAGUUGUUAUGAAAUUUACGAUUGGUAUAUUUUCCAGUAAAACACUCGUAUCUAUAUAAUAAAACUAAUUACAUUGCCUUCCCAAACCUAUGUAGGGAGCUCAAGCAAAGACGUUUUUGAGCGACGCACGUCAACCGGAAGUGAGGCCUUCUCACGAUAUCUAUGCCUUGACUCUAACAAAUUUGUAUUGCUAAGUUUCUUUUCCCUUAUAAAGAGGAUUUACCCGAGAGUUUCAACCAAACCACUGCCCAAUGAUUCAAAAAAUCCACUACCUGUUGACGUCCUUCGCUCAUAAACGCUGCUGCUUAAGCUCCUUAAUAACUUAUUAAGACGGUAGACUUCGACCCCCGGGGGGGGGUACUCUCCUAUAAAAGGGACGGGGGUGCUCGUCGGAAAAUUUCGACAACACCCCUAAAAGGUACCAGAAUCUUGUUUUAUGGGCGUGUCACAAUUUAUUUCCACCCCUAAGAGGUACCAAUUCAACAACAACAAAUUUUAUAACUGGCACUGCGAAUUUUAACAGUAGAAAACAUAAUAAAGGAUUAAAUUAGCUGCAAAAACCGUGGACGAAGAUCCUGCUAGUUGUAAACGUUGGAUCUCUAGAAAAGAGAUCUAAUCAGCCAAAAUAUAACUGAAGAACCAAGAACGAGAAGUCCGGAGACUACUGAAAAGCUGAUUUAAGACAACGUGUAUUGUUUUUUAUAACAAUAUUUCGGCUGGCCAUACCAGCCUUCUUCAGGUUCACAGAUGUUACUGAACUUAUGUGGCAAUCACAAUAUUAUAUAAUAAUAUAUAUACUAACUUAAGACGAACUACGGCCCAUUGUCAAUGGUAAUAGUGGUAAACCAUGAAUCAUGAAGAUUCUCUCCAGACUCUCAAUGACCUUCUCAGAUGUUGUGGAACACAUGAUCUCAAUUUCGUACUAGCUAUCUGCUGAAGUAGUCAACCACGACUAACACGGAGUCACUUGACGGCAAAGGACCUAAUAAAUCCAGGGCCAAGUCUUGCCAUGAACCUUGUGGUAAGGGGGUUGACUUGAUUGGUUCAGGGUGGGCAGGACUGCUUACUAGCUAAUAUCCAAAACACGUGAUGCAAAAUCUUUCUGUGCCUUUGUCAAUCCCGGGCCACCAUACCUUUGAUCACAACCUCUUCAUCAGACUAACAAUACCGGGAUGCCCUUCAUGUGCCAGCGUAAGGACUCGUGGUCUCAGCUUACUAGGUAUUACAAUUUUGGUGCCACGGAGGAUUAGCUUGCCAAUCACACACAGUUCACUGGCUUCAGAUAUGUAUUGCUUGAGCUGGCCAUCCCUCCAGGUUCCGCUCUUUAUACGGUGACGCAGCUCACCGAAUUCUUCAUCUUCUGCUGACACUUCUUCAAGCUCGCGUGUCGUCAUCGCGCGGAGUAGCGGUUUCUACCCCAAAUCUGACAAAUUCAUCUGAUACUUUUUGCGCUGCCGAAGGACCUGCUUGGUUUUCUGCUAACUGUAAGCGGGAUAAGGGAUCUGCAAUGUUCUGCUCUCCUGGCAAGUAUUUAACUUUGAACCUGAAAGGUUGUAGCCUCAGGAUCCAUCGCUCAGUUCUUGUGCACAGCUUUGAUCUGCUUUAGCAUAUUGUCCCUAAUGGCUUGUGAUCUGUGUACAGUUCGAAUUCAAUGCCGUACAGGUACACAUGGAAACGCUCGCAAGCCCAAACAACUGCCAACGCUUCUUUCGCAGUUUGAGAAUACCGUUGUUCUUCUUUACUCAAACUUUUGCUUGCACGACUAGUAACUCUCUUUCUUCCUUGUUGUUCUUGAAUAAGUACUGCGCCGAGACCAACUGGGCUUGCGUCUGCUAUAAUACGUCUUCGGGCAUCUUUGUCAAAAUAUCCAAGGGAUUCUGCACUUACUGAUCUGCUCUGCAGCUCAAUGAGUGCUCUUCUCUGUUCAUCUCCAAACCUGAAACACACCCCCUUUCUUUGUUAAGUUACGCACAGGUUCAGCUACUUUGGAAAAGACUGGGAUAAACUGCGUAUUGUAGUUAGCUAGUCCUAGGAGGCUUCUACUUCCGAAGCAUUCUGCGGGUCUCUUGCCUCAACAUAAACCCAUAAACACUAGUUUGGUCAUGUGAAACUUGCACUUUUCUGCAUUUAGUGUCAGGUUUUUCUCUUUCAAUUUCUCCAAAACUCGCUUUAACCUCUCAUCAUGCCCCUCAGUGGUUUUCCUAUGCACAAUUAUGUCAUCUGAGAUAUUUGCAACUCCCUUACAGUCACUAUUAAAGCGCUUGCUGAAUAACCUGCUGAUACACCUCUGGGGCUGAACUUAUUCCAAACACUAUCAAGCUAGGCGCUUAUAUUGAAACAAUCCACAAUGAGUGAUGAAGUUAGUUACGCUACGGGAAUGUAGAUGGAGUUCUAGAUGAUGGUAACCCUGCUUUAAAUCAAGCCUGCUAAACACUGUGCUUUGGUUGAGGCUUUGGAGUACCUCAUCCACGGUAGGUAUGGGGUAGCAUUUUCUGAUUAUCGCUUCAUUGGCUCUACGCAUGUCCACAAAAAGACGAAUUUCAUCAUUCUGUUUUGAUACCAGCACAACCGGACUAACCCAUGGUGUCGGGCAAUUUACUGGCUCAAUAAUAUCCUUGCUUACAAGUUCCUCGACCUUUUUCUUCACCUUGUCACGGAGGCUGAACGGAGUGCGCCUGACUGGCUGAGCCACCGUGGGUACAUUGGGAUUCACACGUAACUUGACCUGAUAGCCUUUUAACUUCCUCUCACCAUCAAACACUGACAUGAUCGUUUCUUUGGACUACAGCGUGCCUAUAAACUGGAACACCUAACUUCAACACUCCAAGUUGCAGCGCAGUUUCUCUUCCAAGCAGUGCUUCUCCUUCACCAUCAAUGACACAAAUUCAGCUUGAACUUCAUUCAAAGCCACUUUCGUCGAUGCUCAAAAUGUCCCCAAAACUCUUAGCGGCUCAUUGCUUCCGUACGCCUCUUGUCACACUUCGCGGAUACAAAGGAUACACAGGCAAUAUUUUACCGCUUUAGCUCACUCCAUAGGUCUUAAUAACCUAACAAAAGUAAAGCGCGCGCUCUGAUUGGUCAGUUAGCCAUCUACCAUGCAUUUGCUCGUGGGUGCACGCCAAAAAACUGAGCUAGCGCGGUAAAAUUGAGGUAAAUUCAGCAAAUCUCCUCUCCUGUCAGUAAAGUGCACCGAUGAAAUGUACAAAUGAAAAGUGGAAGCUGAAGGAAAUACUCAGUUGUCGUUUUGAAAAAGAAAAAGUCAAAAGAUCAAGCGACAAAUUUUGCCCUGGAUGAAUUUAUCACUGUUUUUUUUUUUUCGAGGUUAGGUUCGGCAGAAGAAAAACCGAGUGAGCAAAGAUUUAAGGUACAUUUUGUGUGUUGUUAUAGAAGAGAAAGUCUGUUUUGAAAUGAAAAUUUAUCAAUUAGCAUUGUGUUAUUGACUUUUUAGUCGAACUGAUGUUAAAUUCAAGCAAAUUUUUUAGGAACCACGAUCAGAUUCCAGACAGCUUUGUUGUGUAGUUUUCAUCGCAUCGAUUAAAAAUUUCAGUCGAGUUACGGACACAUUACGCUGGAAUUGUAAAGAAAAUUUCAUUUGAGUACAGAAAAAUUUUGUUUUCAAUUAAAUUUUUCAAAAAUGACUUCUCUGUUUAUUAUUUUGUUUAUGUUCAUUCAUAACAGUAGUUCAAAGAACGGUCGUAAAACAAUAGCAUCUAAAUUGCUCAAGCAUCGCUUCAGCCUCGGCUGUGUCGGCGAAUUUAAAUUUGCAAUUUUGACUUUCAGCUCGAUUUCCCCGGACAAAUUUCGAUACGAAGAUAGUUAAUUUCGUUUUAAAGUUAGUGUUACGUGAGUUACCUAAAGGAAAUACAGUCAAUUUUUCUCAUUUCUACUUUAUGUUUAUUGCAAAAAUUGUUUUUUAGAGUCUUUUUUAGUUAGGGUCAACUACUGUUUUACAACAGUAAUUUUCUGAUUCUUAAUAAAUCUCGCAAAGCAAAUUAAAUUUUAGUUUUGUUUCUAUCUCAUAUGGCAACCCCUAAAAUAAUACUGAAAAGAAAUCGUUUUGUGAUGCUUAAUCGAGUUGUCGUAGAACCCGGUAAUCCUUCGGGCUAGAAGGCAAAUUUUCUAAUCAAGCGGGCUUUUGAAUAGUCGCACAGUUCCUUGCUCACAAGCCAGUACAUUUUGUUUCGUUAACUAAUAGAUUCAAUUUAAUUUAUUACGUUCAAAAUUAUUUAAAAAAAGUUCGCGUCCUGUUUUAGCAACAAUACUAUCGGCUGGCCAACGGAAGUUAAGUAAGAUUAACCAACCUCUAAUAGUGAACCUUCCUGCUGGCAAUACGGCUGUUUGAUAAACACUAUUAUCGUGUUAAUACCGUAGGUUGCAAAUUGUAAGCUAAGUGCUGCGAGUAGAUACUGGGUAGUACUACAUCAAAUUGUAUAUAAAUCUCUUUUAGAAACAACAAGAAAAAUGGUUCCAUUUUCAAGUCGGGGCUCUAAUUUCAACCAUUAUCAUAUGUCUGAAUAAGUAAAUUGCGCUUUUGAAACCAAAAACUUGGCAUCAUUUUUAACUGCAAUUUAAUCAUAUUUCCAAAUGCAACCACCUCCCCCUAUACGACUCUGCCAAAUGAUAUAACAUGACAGUAUAACGUGACCAAAAAUUUCUAAACAAUCUUUCAUCUUACCGGAAAGUUCCAAAAAAUAAUGUUGCUAUAUACGUUUAUAAAACGUAACUGGGUCAACUUUUGGUUUUACAGCAGUAAUUUUCUGCUUCUUUAUAAAACUCGCUAAGCUCUUGCUGUCUGAUAUCACAUUCAGCCCUUCUGACUAUCCAGGUCAGGGUCGGCCAGGGAUUUUGGGUAUACGGUAUACAGGGGCUUUUUAAAUCGGUGCAGCUUAAAUACGGGUAUUCGGUAUAUCACUUUCUUUGAAUUUCGUGUAUAAAGUAUACCUGGGUAUAAUUUUGGGUAUAUUUGGAUGAAUUUUGGGUAUUUUUGGGUAUUUUGCGAAUUUUUUGGGGGUAUACUGGUAUACCACUAUCCCCCACCUUGCCGACCCUGCCAGGUGAAUAUGUUUAAUGGACGAGGCGAGAUGUAUCAAUAGCAUAUUCCUUCAAUGGAUGCGCCACACCAACACACACACAGGGAGAUUUGCAGUCAUGGUUUGGAAGAGGAAACACAUCAAUAGGUCUUUUGAAGGAAAGAUUGCAAAGGUACAGUACGUUAGCUGUAAACACAUCUUCAUUUGAUGGCUGCCUUCGGGAAAAAGACACUGCGAACGGAUCGAGAGAAAAAGUACCCAGGCCCCACACGGCACGAAAAAAAAAUUCAUCGUUCCAUCGACUCGAAUAAAAUCUUCGUCGAAGAAUUGAGAGAUGAAACCACAUAUAAAGUGCCUAGGCCCCACUCGGACUGUCACAAAUAGUGUUACUGCUCGCUAAGGCUCGCAGCUAUGAAUACCUCGAAACUGUCCUUUUUGAAGUUAACAAUUUACAGUUUCAUGAAAUAAAUCAAUAUACAGCCGUCUGUAAACAUUAUAGAGCUUCGCAUAAAUUUGUUAUCUUUCGACACCAAGAGCAAAAAAUCUGUGUUUUAUUACUUUGCACAUUGGCUGCUUCGCGCUUAUUCAAUUUUUUUUACUGCAGUUAUUUAUUUGCUUGCGUGAGGUCGCCAUUGUGUAUUGAAAUAGUUAGUUUAUUGAGCUAUUGAAAAAAUAGCUCAUAUGUCAGUGGUCUUAGCGUGUUACGCGGGUAAUCUUUUAGAGGACGGGUGGCUUGCAAACUAAACUGAACGCAGGGUUGUCGGAACAGCAACAAGAAGAUUUAUUCCAAAAAUGAACGUAGUUUCUACGAAGUAAAACUUCACAACAGCACGUAACUCGAUAAACUUACACGGCCUCCACCAACUUCACUUAACUUGAUAAACUUACACGGCCUCUGCCAACUAGAAUAAACACUGCUUUCGUCACACUUGACUAAACACGACUAACCCCAGACUCUCUUCGGUGUGCGACAAACGCAGACUGCAGACUUGCAGACCUGCAGACCUGCAGACCUGCAGACUUGCAGACUAGCAGACUUGCAGACUCGAAGAUUUGCAGACCUACAUUUUUUGUGACAGGGCUUUGGACUAAUUUUAUUCAUCCUCUGUUUACUGUUGGCGAAUCGCAAAGUAUGUCUGAGGCAAACAACAGCGCUAACGGGCUGCAAACACAACAGUGCCCGAUUCGACAGGUGACUGGAAAUCCUUGCCGUGGAAGACUUAACAUCGGAAGAACGGUGACCUAAACUUCAGCGAGAGCAGCGAAGAAGAAGACGGGUGGGAUCAUCGAGCGGCUUUAAAACGGAAGGACAUCUGUGAGCAGGAAAUAAGUCAGCACAGAAUUUGAUUGUCGGCGAAUUUCUGUAAUCGUCCAUCGUUCUGCUAGUGAUAAGCUAGCCGUUGUUCACUCGUCUUGCUUGUUUCGGGCUGAGUCUUAUUCCGGUCAAAGAGAGAGAAAGAGUGUCUGGCAAGGUUUCCAAUCAAAGAUUUGUGAACUCGUGUCUGGUAAAAUCUCCAAGUGUUUCUAUAUACACGGUUGUACGCACCUUCACUGAACCAACUGCUCCACAGAAUGUCACUGAUAACAAGUAACGCAAAAGAGUAUCGAAGUAUGAGUGCACAAUAAAUGUCACAAAAUCUACCUGACCGGUCCCUUCGAAAUUUUCUGUCUUCAUCACGUCAUCAUUACCUACCGAUUCCUCGCGGCCCCUGUUCAAGCAAAUCGAGAUUUUUUCCUGCCAUACUGACUGUAUAUUACAACUGUAAGUACUUUCCUUAAUAUACGCGCGAGUUACUAGAGUGCCUCCUCGGGAUUGAACCUGCGGGGGCAAUUAUCCCCCCCCCCCCGUGAGUUCCGAACGUCUCUGCAAGUCCGCAAGUCUGCAAGUCUGCAAGUCUGCAAGUCUGCAAGUCUGCAGGUCUGCAGGUCUGCAAGUCUGCAGGUCUGCGGUCUGCAAGUCUGCAGUCUGCGUUUGUCGCACACCGGACUUUCUUCGCUUGUGAAAACUAGUUAAAACUUACCUCGGACUCGCCUACUUAUAUACUUUCACAUUCUAGAACUCUCCAGAUAGUCUAAUUAUAGAAAGAUUACAAAAUAUACCGCUUUAGAAACGCUUACACAGGAUCCAAAAAUAAACAAACUAUAAACUCUCGCGAAGCUUCUAGAAAGUCACGCUAGUCACGCAAUACAAUUUUUCGUAACAUAGCGUAUGUAUCUUUGUGGCUUUCUGCGUUCGGAUAUGUGUUGCAGGGGCAAAUAAGGUUGAAGGUAGUAUGAGCUGAUGCUAGGAUUCAAUGAGAUUUUGCGAUCUAAACAUGACAUUGCUAAAGCUCAAACAACGGCACUUUGAGACCGCCAUUUUGGUUGUUCAAUAUUUUUUCGUCUUUUAUAACGGCUAAAGGUGUUUACAAGCAAAAAAUUUAAAGUCUGGGAGCCAGAAUCCGCAGAUUCGCUUUAAUUCACCAUCAUCACUAGAUCCGUAAUGAUCAUCUCUAAAUACCAGCAUGAAAUGCAACGUAAGUGACCAGAUAAGCAAAAAGCUCCUGCGGUCACCCCACAGAUCAGUAUGACCUGAUAUCAUCUCAGCAACCUCGGGGAUUAACAAUUCCCCAGCUGUGGCUUCCACUCAGUGGAAGUCAAUGAACAAAUUCAACACAAUUGUUAAUUUAGACCAGUAGACUAGUUUCUAUUUCAAACUUAUUACUGAGUACUGAUAGAGGCCAAGAAUAGGAAGAUCAUGUAAAAAAGAUAAAGUUGGGAACGGAAAAUAAUCCAAAGUUUCUGACAAGAGUAAAAACUUCUUUUUUCAAUUUGCUCCCCAUACCUUUUUUUUUUUUAACAAAUUACUGUACGCUCAAACAAGAAUGCCAACGUUGCCACUUAUAGUCCAGUUAUUUCCGUACCAUCAGCAUUGUUUAUUUGUGUUUAUAAAAAGGCAUUGACUUAAUUACUCAAGUACGACCGCCGAAUUUUAUUAAGCUAGCCAAGGAAAUCUCCCUUGUACUUUGAUAUAUUUUAAGGUAUAAAUUCCUAUGAAAUAUGAUACAUAAUAUGAACAUAAACUUUAUUUUAUUUAAAUGUUUCCCUUGAUAAUACAUUGAAAUGCGAUUUUAAUAUUAUCUUUUAGGUACCUCAUUAUCAAAACCAGAAAAUAGAAGUGCAUCAAAUAUGUUGAAAGAAACAAUCGACAGGUCGCAUUCUCAACUUGCAGUCAAACCUGUGGAAUAUGUAACGUCAAAAAUAUUGUCUUCAAAACCACAAGAGCCUAAUAAAACCCUCUCCUUUGGUCAGAAUGAUACUGGUCGUAUUGUUUCUUCCUUUGGAGUUCCAUCUUUAUCGACCAAAAGAGAGUAUUCCUUCAAAAGUACAGUAAUGUUCGAUACGCCAACUUCAGAAUUUGAUAGGUUUGGUGGACACCUAGAACACGUGGUACUGCAUUGCAAUUCUCUCACACUUUCAAAUAUCAAGUACUUAAUAAGUGAUGUCGACCAACCAGUUGAGACAAAGAUUAUCUCAAUGAUGAUAGCAUCUAUUGCCGUUGGCUGUCCAGACACUGCCGGGUUUCUAAGCCGUUUAUUGGUUGACAGGAAACAAAACUUUUCACGUAUUAUUGAAAGCCCGCAAGAAAACACUACUGCUCCAUGCGACGAACACAAAGCUGAAAAACUUAAGAUGUCUCUUAGUUUCAGUCAAAGAUACAAGACGCUAUAUGAAUUACUGUCACCAGCCCUAUUUCUUUCCCUAAAAUGUGAUAACCUUGGACAGAAAGAAUUUAAAAGUCUUUUAUAUGAUUUUAAGCAGAAUAACGCUUCAUACGUUAUCAAUAGCACUUACAAUGUAACAACUAUCGCGAACACCUUCAGUCAGGAUUCAAGAUAUAAAAGUGGUCGUAUCAUGAAUUACCUUAAGGAACGUAAAUUUCAAAUGUUAAAUGCAGAAAAACUCGUGUACGAAAUGCUUGCAAUCAACGAAGCACACAGAAGAGAAAAAAGAGAAACUGGUAUCAAUAAUAUUUACAAGUAUUUUAAAGUAAGCAGAAAUUGCGCUAUUUCACGACCUUUAGGCGUUUUGUUGAACCCGAUUUCAAAAGAUGACUGCCUUCAGCUUUGCUUAGAAGAAGAAGGUUGUAAAUCAGUUGGAUAUAUGAAAGACAACUCACAGACCUGCCAUAUGAAUUCUGAAAAUAGAAAAGAUGUUGGCAAAUUUUUCUAUUGUGGAAAAGUGGAUACAGCGUCAUGGGAUUAUUAUGAAAAGAUCAAGCCCAUUGAUUACUUUUUAAUUUCUAGUAAGAUGACUGCAAAGGUACUGGCAGUCAGACCAGACUAUUCCGUCGUCUUGAAGACGUAUACUGGAGACGACAACCAACUGUGGUAUUGGGACAAUGGAGCUAUUCGUUCGAAAAAACAUCGUCAUGCAUUUUUACAGUUGCAUGUGUCUGCCUAUGAAAGAUCUGGCUGGGGUAAGGUUUAUAUAUCAUCAAGACGAAGUGGUAACAAUUUUCUAUGGAACUUCGAAAACAACCAGUUAACAUCUCAAUACAAAAAUUUGAAGUUAGAUGUAAAAUAUAGUCACACGUAUGACGGAGCACCUGUUGGCGUUUACCCAGGAACUGUGAAUAUGAAUCAAAAAUGGAGUCUUAGUUUGGACAGAUUUUAUUUCAUUAUAACAAGCAGACAUUCCGGCAAAGUUUUGGAUGCAAGUCUUGACGAAAGUAGCACUGGUAAAGUUAUCUUAUGGUCAUAUCAUGGCAAGGAUAACCAAUUAUGGUUUUGGGACGAUGACAAUAUUAGAUGCAAGCAAUUUCCGGAAAAAGUACUUGAGCUCCAUAUGGCAAAUUAUGAGGCAAACAACUGGGGCAAUGUUUACCUACAUCCUUACAAUACGAGUAACAAUCAACGAUGGAAAGCUGAAGAUGACCAGAUAAUUUCAAGUUACAAAAACUUACGCUUAGAUGUUAAGCAAAGCAGUACUUCUGAUAGAGCGCUGGUAGGAGGAUACAGAAAUCACGGAGGAGUAAAUCAAAGAUGGACCCUUUCAUCUUCAAGGCCAUACUUUUUUAUAUUAAACAAAGAGUCUGGAAAAGUAAUGGAUGCUGCAAGUCCACCAUCAAUUAAACUAUGGCACUACACUAACAGUGAUCAGCAGUUAUGGUUCUGGGAUGGUGACGUAAUACGAAACAAAAAGUAUGCUGACAAAGUAAUUGACCUUCAUAUGUCAGACUAUAACAAAUAUCGGUGGGGGAAAAUUUUUCUGCACCCAUUUAACGGCGGACAGAAUCAAAAAUGGAACUUUGAGAAUAACUAUCUUUCAUCUGAAUUUAAACAUCUAAGUGUUGAAGUAAAGGAUGGGAGCCAAGCAGAUGGAUCUCAAAUAGGUGCAAAGAAUGGAAAAUACCAAAAGUGGAGUUUACAACGAGAACAUGAUUUCUUCACGCUGUCAAGCAGAAUGCAUGCUAAAGUCUUAGAUGCACCCUCUGACAAUAAGGUGCUCAUGUGGUCAUUUCAUGGAUUAGAUAAUCAAUUGUGGUUCAUGGACGAAAAAAGCAUUAGAUCAAAGAAAUACCCAAACAAGGUCCUUGACCUGCAUAUGGAAAACUACAAAAAGAGUGGUUUUGGUGAUGUUUUUCUUCAUCCUUUUCAUGGAGGACCGAAUCAGAGAUGGAAUCUUGAAGGGGAUAAUAUCAUUUCUGAUUACCAAGGCUUACGUUUAGACAUAAAACAAAGUAAUUAUGACGAUGGAGCGCUGGUAGGUGGAUACGGAAGCACUAGUAAUAUUAAUCAGAAAUGGAGCGUGAAUCCAAAAGAAAGGAUUUACUUCAUAGUAAAAGGAAAGGCAAGUGGAAACGUUUUAGACGCCGCAACCCAUACAAAGGUUCAUCUUUGGCCCUAUAAUGGAAAGGAUAACCAGUUAUGGUUUUGGGAUGGAAACUGUAUCAGAUCCAAACAACAUCCAAAUAAAGUCCUAGAUUUACGUAUGACUGAUUAUGAGAGGGAAGGAUGGGGGAAAAUUUUUCUACACGUUUACAAUGCUGGACCAAAUCAGCGUUGGAACAUUGAUGAUGAAUUUAUUAUUUCAAAAUAUCGCCAACUUAGAAUGGAUGUAUUUGGUGGUCGUACAAGUAAACGUUCAUUAGUUGGUGGCUUUCCGUACACCGGAAAUGACAAUCAAAAAUGGAUCUUUACUGUGUCAUCAUCAAACUGUUUACAUGAGACAGAAUCAGACAUAUACAAUGUUGUUCAGUAUAUUCCCGUUGUCGAAACUGUUUGGGAUAUAUUUUCGUCCAUUGGUUAUGCUAGUGCUGGAUGCACAAGUGUUGCACAAGAAAGAGCCGUAUCUUUUGCAAUAGGGGCUGCUUUGGAUGUUACAACAGCAGCAGCAACAGCAUUGACGGGGGGUACUGCUGCAGGUCCACUAACUGCGGCGAAAACGGCUAUCAGAGUCGGUGUAAAGAUUGGACUGAAGCAAGGACUGAAGGCAGCGGUUGUUGUAACUAAACAAUCUAUUAAGAACGUUUUCAAAAAGGUAGCCAAGCAAGGAUUCAAGACUGCUGUAAAGACAGGCAUAAAAAAAAGUGGAAAAUUAGUGAUCAGAGAACUAAUUGCCGAUCCUGCAUUAUUUCUGAAAAACGUAGGAAAAUUAAGCAAGAAAAUGUUUCUCCAUCCGAGGAGGACAUUAAAAGGAAUAUGGAAAACAGCGGGUCGUAAUAUUGAUGAUCUGAAACGUCUCAUGAAGCGUUUAAGAUGUAAACGUGGUCAUGUUAGCAGUUGCACAAGGCGUGCACAAGCCGAACUUCACAGUACAGAAAACCACGAAAAUAUGUUCAAAUCACUUGCUGAUGAGAAAGCUGUAUCAGAACGUGUGGGGCGUAGUGCGCAGAGAUUUAUGGCAAAAGAAUCCGGAUCAUUUGAAGCAAAAUUUUCAAGCGCUCCAUUUAGCGUUAAGCAAAAAUUUAACGCUACUGAUUCUGAAAGUGGUAAAGCUGAAUUAUGGGCGGUUUACCGAUACACAAUAAAUCCACGCCGUAUCAACAGCUUUUUAGGACAUAUUAUAAAAAGACAGCCUUUGUUUAGACCAAGUGAUCCAUUUACUAAAGAAAAAGGUACUUGGGAUUCUGUAGACGAGGUUCUUGAUCAGGCUGAUUUAAUUCAGAGUUACCUGAAGAAAAAUCCUAUAAAAGAAGAGAUAAAAGCUUACAGAUGGGAGCAAGCUAUUGAAAAAUAUCGAGACGGUUCAGUUUAUGAAACAUACACUUUUAAGUCUACAACAACACGAACUGAGAGGUUUAAAGACCGCGGCUUAGAUCUGACAGAUGAACAAAAGCACCCAAUUGAAAUGGAAUUCAAGUUGAAGAAAUCGGGAACAAAAAUAGCCGACUUGUCCGGUUAUCCGAACCAGGAAGAAUACUUGAUUCCGAUUGGAACGCAAUUCAACGUGAAGGUGGAAACGCCUAAACCUGGAUCAACGGUUCAACGAGUCACGUUAACAGAAAUCGUUUAAAUAUUAACUGUGCUGUAUAACUUUUUAUAUCAAGCAAAAACUACAGCUUACAUAAUCAGCCACUUCGUGAUCGUAAAAUAUGUUUUCCAUUCUGUCAAAUUUCGUGUCUGAAUUUGAAAACUAAAUAAUAAUAUUUACAUAUACACAUUGACACCCUGUUUGAUUCAGUUGUUUCUGUGGCUCCUUUUUCUAAUUCUCUAAAGUGUUAUGAAAAAUUUCAAAACUGACAGAACUACGACUCUUCGGAGCACAGGAAUGGCCCAUUUAACAGUUGCAGGUAGAAACGUGGCUGGAGUUGAAAACGCUUUGAUACAACCCUUUCUGUUUUAUUAUGUUAAUCACGUUUUUCUUAUGCUAACUGGUAUUUUUGGAGCAAAAUUUCCAUAAGAAAACGAAGGAGGUUUGAAUAAAAACUAGGUGAAGAUAAGUCUCACGUUCAUUCAAACGCUAGGAUACCAUGCCCAAAAUUGUAUAAUGGUCUGUUGUGAUUAUUUGAUUCUUAAAUUGGAAAUUGUGACCUUUACAAGUUUCUCUUUAUCUUGUUGAAUGAGCUGUAAAAGAAAAGUGUAAUGUAACCAUCGGACGUAAAAGAGGGGGUGGUUGCCACCCCCUCUGAGUUAUUUUUUAUUUCUUUUUUCCUAGACGAUAAAACAUCAGCACCUGACGUUUUCAGUAGCUGUUUGUUUAUCCCUGGUGCGCAUUUUGAGACAAGUUUAGUGAUGGUCAGUUACUAUGGUUACGAGAUAUGACAUCAUAAGUAGCAGGUGGUCUAGCCAUUUUUUAGUGGAAAUGUAUGUUUUUCUCAACCUUUUUUCAGCAAUAAAAGUAAACCUUGUGG